ACAUGGGCAGAACGGAAAUGUGCACUCAAAGUCUCAGUGUGUCUCAACAUCCUCUAUAGAAAGAGGCUCAAGGGUUUAGAAUCCUGCAGUCAACGGCUACUAAUUUGAUGCUGAAAGAUUAUUACUCUUGACCUUAAACACAAAAAAAAAUAUACAGGAUGGAGGAAAUGCUUCUGCGAGUGUGUGUGGUAAUGGCCAGCCUGCUGUACAUAAAGGACCGCACUGUCUUUCAGGAGCAGGAGGAAAAGGUCCUCAUAGACAUGCAAGAGAGGGAAUAUUUGCUGCAGAAGGAGGCAGGAAAGCUAGAGCAGGAAAUGCACCAGGUGACCACAGGGCUGCCACAUUCAAAUCAGGAAGUGUCACAAAGUCAUGGCAGAUUGACAAAUGCAGAGGGGGAGGAUUCAGGUGCUCAAAAAGUCCUGGCAAAUGACAAAAUAGAAAAUCCACAUAACCACCAAAUGAAGGACAUUCAGGAUGACGGAGUUCCUCUAACUCAUAACAACAUACCUCCAGAGAUACAACAUAAAGUCAACAUGGGUGAAAAUUUCCCUUCAGAAGAAAGACCACAGCCAGGAAUAGUCUCCCAGAAUGAAAUGAAUAACAUUCAAGAGGAUGACAUGUCAGGGCACAAGAAAGACAUUAGAGACAGUGAUCAGAAAAUGGAGACAGUGAACAAAGAACAAAUAAAAGACAUUCAAGGACAAUCACCUUUAAAUGGAGUAAAGGAUAGUGAUCAGGAAUCUUCCCAGGUAGAUCAGGUGCAAGGAAUGCACGAUCAAAUGCCAUCUGAAGGUGAUGAACGUAUGCUGGUUAAUACAAAUACAGAGGAAUUAUCCACUGCCUCAGAUGAACAGUCAACAGAGAACUCCUACAAAUGGUAUUUUUGGAAAUUUCUUUCCCUUAUAUCUUUGAUUCGCCUUCUCAGGACACUCGUCAACACCUCACAAAGCUCAGGAACAAUAAUACCCAGCAAAAACAAGACUACAUCUAGACCUACAGCCAUAUUGUCAAAAACAUUUGUUCCUGACCACCAAGUACUGAGCAGCUUUUAUGACCAGUGUGUACAAGUCUCUCCUAGCACAUGUGGACAAGUAUGCGAGUUUGUUGAGGGUUUGGUUUAUGACCUUUUGGAAGCUAUGAGAGAUGCUAGCAAUAAAAAAACUGACUUGCAGAUUGGGGACUUUAUUGGUGUAGGGAGCUUAUAUGAGCUUUGGGCUACAGGCAAGACACUGGUGUGUGAUUUGUAUGUACCCAUAACUGCACCAAGAUCACAUGGAUUUGAUGUUGAACUUUGGAAAGAGAAAGAUGCUUCAUUGAGGAAUUUUGGCAAGAUCAAAAUGGUGAAGGCUGAAAAUACUUCGAACGGUUGCCCUUGCAUGGAUGGGAACCCUGAUGACGAGGACAUCUUGUGUCUUCUUCAUCCCCAUAAUGAGAGGAGUACGGUUAUGACAGAUGCUGUUGAUGGUCCACUAUGCCACGACAAUACACCAUACCUUUCUAAAAAGCAAGUAGUGAGAUGGUUCAGGUCAGGGAUUUUAAAAACAUGGAGAGAAAUCAGUCACAAGUAUGAACUUGAGCUAGGAUUUUGCAGCCAAGUGGCUCCUGGGGCUUUAAGAAUUCGAUUCAGAUCAGGAAAAAUUGUUCUGUUCAGUAUUACACCUGUGGUUCAGGUCAAAAAUUCAGAAGUGUACUUACUCUCUUAUCUUUCUACUAGUCCAAACAUCUCAGACAUACAUUGGCCCAUUUCCUUAGCUAGUUAUGAAAAUGCCCUUUUUAAAUACUUUAACAAAACUCUUCCCAACACUUCAUGCCAUAUUUCAUGUCUCCAAAUCCUCUCAUUUCUACACAAACAUCAAACUAGUCUAACAGGGAAAUGUGGGCUUACAAGUAAUCACCUCAAGUCCACACUGCUGCAUCUGUUGAUGUACAAGCCUACAGAAUGGGAACAAGAGAAGCUAUCUAGCAGACUGACCGACAUGCUCACAUUUCUUGAGCAGAAGCUUCUAGCUAAAGACUUUCACCAUGCUUUAGUUGGAAAUUCUCUUGUUCCUGUAGACAUCGGGCUUCCUAAAGAAUUUCAAACAGCAAAGCCAAUUAACAUUUUCCUGCCGAUAGCUUUGGAUGAAGAGUCUUACUUGAAAACAGUCCAACACUUUCAGGAAUUAGUGAAAAAUGCUCCUGUACUUAUCCAGGAGUACGGCUCAAAAAAAAACUCAGCUUAAUGUAAAUGAAAUAAGCAGAAUAUAAUGGUUAUGCAGAAGCAGUACUUGUGGAAAUGGUUGUACAUAAUUCAAAAGCAAUAUUUAAACUCCAUUAAGUAACAAUAAUCCAUGUGCAUGUCUGUAGACUUGUUAAAUGUCUGACAAAUUAAGUCUUCUGUUCACCAAGCCACUGCAUUAAAAUAUUAAGAAAGCAAUUCCA